GCUAAGACAAAGAUUCUCAUCGGCAGCAUUCUCUUCCAUUGUCAUCAAUAUAGACAUUCAAAAUCAAGUUCUUUCUCUAUCAAAGGCAAUGACUUCACAAAAACAAGCAAUUCAUAUUGAUGAGACGAUCAUCGUGGAACAAGUAAAAGCUACACAUAAUCUCGACAGUGAAAUAGAUGUCAAUGCGACUUCUGUUCUCAAUUUUGUGGAAGACAUUUUCAACUUGAAUACGAUUCCAAGAGAAACAAGAAAAGACAAGUUACAGCUACAAGAGCACAUUCAAAAGGGGAUACCAUUCUCUGUAUUACAUCUCGUCUUUGAGAUAGGGUGUAGUUGUUUAAAUAAUGUUGAUAGUCACUCAAUAACAAUUCAUCUACUGAGUUUGCUAUCAAUGUAUCCAUGGCACACAAAGGUAGUGAUGAUGCUUGCAUCAUUUGCGAUCAUCUGUGGAAAAUUUAAAGUUGCAUCACAAUCGUGCCAUCGAAGAGGAUUGACACUCAACUUGGAAAUUUUGAAGCAAAGUCUAAAGUCAAUUCAUUCCUCCGACAAUGAAAGAUUAGUCAUUGACGACUCAAUAAAAUCAAUCUUGGACCUUACGAAACUUACAAUUGAGCUUCAAGAUUCAUCAUCAGUGAUUUUGACUAAUUAUUGGAUAACAAGAUAUGUUGUUGCUUAUGCUAGUCAUCGUAUUUUGGGCCUCGAGUCCCAAAAGCAGCUAAAUGAACUUUCCAAUUCAUCCACCAAAAUCAAAGAGAUAAUGACUUUUAGCCACCAAGCACUAGAGGCCAAAAAGAUCAAAGAAAACUAUCAUGCAUUGUUAAAUGCUUUCCAGAAUUCUUCGAAUAUUGUAGAAGUUCUUAAAUUAAUAUUCAAUGUCAAAAAUGAUAAAGAGAAGUCAAUUCUUGACGGCGUCAGGAUGCGGGAACAUAAAAAUAGGCCUGUGGGAUUACAUUUGUUUCAAGGGGAGGGAGUGCUAUUGUUAAUAUCAUACGGUAAACAUUUCCCAUUUUCUGCAUAUUUUUAUGCUUCCAAACGAGUAAAGAUGAUUUGGGUUCCAAUUGCAAAUGAUGAUCUAGAGGAACAUAUACAAAUGCCUGAGAGUAGCUUCAACUACUAUUGUGUAUUGGAUCCACAAAGAUGGAUUGCACCAGAGUUCAUAAGAUUUCUUAGAGAUGAGUGCUUUCCAACUUUUCAAGUCGGGGGUGAUCCUAUCGUCAUUGCAUUAGACAAUCGAGGAAGAUUGGUCCAUUCUAAUGCAUUGCACAUGAUUUUCACAUGGGGAUUUCAAUUGACUAAUGAAAGAACAAUAAGAUCAUCAGACGAUGUAAUUCCUUUAUUAGAAAAUGAGUUGAGGGAAAGGACUCUUGGUGCUGACCGUGUGAUUGGUGAUAUUGAGGAGCAAACCUGUGAUUUUGCGAGAGGAGUUCGCAAAAAGAUCAAUGAUUGGGUGGAGGAUAUUAUGACAAAGACUAAAAGCUCGUACCGCUCCUACAAUUAUACAAGUGAAAGAGAAGAAGCUUUAUGGGCUAAAGAAUCUUGGAAUCUCAAGUUUGUGGUUGGAAAUUACUCGAAACUUAGGAGAUGGGCAAUAACAAUAAACAAGUUCGAGAAUUUACACUUAGGCUAGAAGAAGUUUGUUCCAAAAUCCAAGAGAAUAUAAAAAUUGCCUACAUUGGAAGAAGUGAAAAAACGGCCAAUGACAAGGAGGUGAAAAGGGUGUGUGAUUAUGCAUUUGAUUCUUCUAGUCAUAAGUUCUUUUGGAUACGACUUCAAGGCAUGGCUUUAUCUAGGAUUCAAUAUUUAAGUAAGGCUAGGCUUGAUGAAGAGAAUGAUGAAAUUAUGCAAGGACUCAAAAAAUUGUUAGCGUACGAAGCUGAAGGUUCGACAGUUGGAGUAUGGGCAUUGUUAAGCAAAGCGGACAGAAUAAUUGCAUGCGACAUUGGAGAAAAAAUGUAUGCAGUCAUGAAUGAGUACGAGAAAUGGAAGAAGAACGCAGAAGAUAAUGGUUUUGACAAGGCAUUUAAGGAUUGCUAUGAGAUGCUUGGUUCUUCCUCUCCUACUUUAACUCAACAUCUUUGUUGUUCUCUUAAUUACUCAUCUAAUUUGGACGAAAUCUCAGAGACUGUAUCAUGCCCUCAAUGUAACCACAGCAUGCAAAAAUUUGUCACCUUCUCAUGUUGUCAUGGCUCAAUGACCUCUCUGUAUAAUUUCAACUUCAACUAGAUAGUAUUGCACUUUUUAUUUGUAGUGUAUUAGUUAUCAAGAAUUAAGAACAUGUGAUGUAUUUGUAUAUCUUUUGGUGCUUUUUCUUAUAUG